AUGUUGGGCAAGAUAGUUCUUCAGAUUCCCAGAGACCUUCGUACAGCUGCUGUGAUGGUGUUGCUGAUGAUGCUGAGCAGCCCAGUGGCUGACAGCAGGGAUUCUCCACGGGAUUUCGUGUACCAGUUCAAGUUCUAUUGCUACUUCACCAACGGGACGCAGCGGGUGCGGUUGAUAGCCAGAUACGUCUACAACCUGGAGGAGUACGUGCGCUACGACAGCGACGUGGGGGAGCACCGCGCGGUGACCGAGCUGGGGCGGCGGACCGCCGAGUACUGGAACAGCCAGAAGGACAUCCUGGAGCGGAAGCGGGCCGAGAUGGACACUGUGUGCAGACACAACUACGGGAUAGAGCUCCGCACGACGUUGCAGCGGCGAGUGGAGCCAAAGGUGACCAUCUCCCCAACCAGGACAGAGGCUCUAAACCACCACAACCUGCUGGUCUGCUCAGUGACAGAUUUCUAUCCAAGCCAGAUCAAAGUUCGGUGGUUCCGGAAUGACCAGGAGGAGACAGCUGGUGUUGUAUCCACUCCCCUUAUUAGGAAUGGGGACUGGACCUUCCAGAUCCUCGUGAUGCUGGAAGCGACUCCCCAGCGUGGAGAUGUCUACACCUGCCACGUGGAGCAUCCCAGCCUCCAGAGGCCCAUCACAGUGGAGUGGAGAGCACAGUCUGAAUCUUCACAGAGCAAGAUGUUGAGUGGCAUCGGGGGAUUUGUGCUGGGGCUGAUCUUCCUUGGGCUGGGCCUUCUCAUCCGUCACAGGAGUCAGAAAGGAACUCGUGGACCUGCAGCUUCAGGUAAUAUUUCAACCUUUGUUCAGUGCGGGGAAGAAGCACAGACAAGCAGGAUUGUGUCCAGCCAAUUAAUUAUGAACAAGGACUGGAUUUUCCAGUUCCUUGUGAUGCUGGAAAUGAUCUUCCAGAAUGAAGAUGUCCGCAUCAGUCAUGUGGAGCGGCCCAGCUGCCAGAGCCUCCUCACCAUGUUUCUCAAGGAAUCCACAAGACAAAUGACAGAGCUCCUUCUGGUUCUAGGGUCCCUCAUGGGAGGGGCUGAUUCACAUGCAUUCCAUUCUUUGUCUCUUGCAUGUUCACCUGAUGCCACUGCUGAGCUGAAAUUCUUAGAGGCUAGGGCUCGUCUCAUCUGUGGACACUGUGACCUGUUGAUUCCUAAUGAUACUCUCUACCUGGUUAUUGGGGAAGUCCCUAUACCCUGUGGCCUCUUUGAUGUCUCAGCCCUGGAAGCUGGUCUCCAUCUCAGUCUCUAG